AUGGCGGGUAACUUUAACAUGAACGAAUUCAGUGUAGAACAACUUUUGGCUCUCAACAGUAUCAUAGACAGUGAUGAGGAUAUGGAUACAAGAGUAGAAGACAUCCUAACGGAUAGAAACUACAGGAUUGCUCCCGAUGACAAGGGUGAAAGCCCAUUCCAGGGAAAAAUACAGUUCAUAGACGAAUACGAUCGUGAUAUGGAAACAAAGAAGCCAAGACGCAUACCUAAGAACUACAAGGGUAGAAGAGGGAUUAUGCCAACGUGGAAGUACUCUGACAGGCAAAAGGCUAAGGCUUUACUUGUAGAGGAAGCAUACCAAAGCUUACUAUCUAAGGGAGUCCAGGGACUUCCACCCACAAUGGGAGGCAGAUGGCGCACGGACGACCCCCUUGUUAACGAGGAAAUUAAGAGAAUCGAAAACGAAAGGAAUCCUAAGGUAAAGCGUCCUAGAGGUAGACCACCAAAGGUAAAGACUGAUGCUGAAGUGAAGGUGCCAAAGAAGAGAGGCAGAUCACCAAAGGCAAAGACCGAUGCCGAAGUGAAGGUGCCAAAGAAGAGAGGCAGACCACCAAAGGCAAAGACUGAUGUUAAGGUUAGGAAGCAGACUGUAGCAGAAAGAUUCCUGAACCAAAGGAAGGUAAAACUCUCAGUGCCUGCAGAUAGUGUCAUAACUCCAACAGGUCCAGGUAAGUUCACAGUUCACGUGGAUCUUAAUAAGAGACCUGCGAGGAAAGCUCCUGAGGUACCCAAGGGCGUAGCUCCAUGGAGACCGAUACCUAAGCCUAGAACGGUACUUCAUAGGGAAAGACCUGUACCGAAACCUAGAACCAAGCUUCUUAAGGAAAGACCUGUACCGAAACCUAGGACCAGGAAACCAGUGUCUCCUCCUAAGGUUCGUAAGCCUGUAAGGGUGUCGAGGGAUGUCAAGGAGCAGCCUAUAGUGGUUACACCAGAGGAACAAGAAAUCGAUCCAUUUGGAACAGACCUCGAAAAGCCAUUCCACAGGAAAAUUGAGACAGCUGCAAAUGGAGCUGCUGUAACUUACUCGAUAACUCUUCAUUAUAUGGACCCUCUGGACCAGAUGAUUGCAAGCAGACAGGUAGUGAGAGGAAUACUUGUGAACGAGUUGAAGAAAAUGGGUGGGUUGAAGUACACAGAGACUCUGAAGGUGAGAAUGUCAAAGGAAAUUGGUGACGCGAAAACCAAGAAGGACUCAGUCUACUUCAAAUCUAAGACUGGUACUACAACUAACUUCGAGGAUAUUGAAAGUACUGCUGCUCAAAACCAACUGACAAUAUUGUCUAGAAUUGAAACCUUCCAAAACUUAGGUUCAAACUGGAUUAUACUCAAUAUUGAGAGUCAUUAUGUGAACAUUGCAAUGUAUAAACCGUUAAAGGGUAGUUCAUACAUGGAACUUCCUAAGGAUAUUAGUAAUUCAAUGUGUGGGCUCAUUAAUAUGAAGAACAAUGACAACAUGUGUUUCCUGUGGAGUCAUGUGAGACAUCUGAAUCCUAAGGCUAGAAGAGCAACCACUAUCACACAAAGAGAUAGGGAAUUCAUAACGAACCUGGACUAUGACGGUAUAGACUUUCCCGUGAAGAUAAGUGACAUUGAUAGAAUUGAGAGGAAAAACAGUAUCAACAUAUCAGUGUUUGGUUAUAAGGGUAAGAAACAGUUCUACCCUAUAAGGAACUCCAAUGCUAAAUACGAGGAUCAUAUGGAACUUCUACUCCUAGGUGAUGGUGAAGGUAACAACCAUUAUGUGCUCAUAAAGAAUGUAAACAGAAUGCUCUUCAGUGUAAGUAAACAUGCACAUAAGCAACACUUCUGUCUUCACUGUCUUCACAGUUGUGUAAGUGAAGAGGUACUGGAGAAGCAUAAGGAAACAUGUCUGGAGAUAAAUGGAACUCAGGCUGUAAUACUUCCCAAGGAAGGGACAAAAAUCAAGCUCAAAAAUCAUAGGAACUCAAUGCCUGUGCCGUUUGUGACAUACGCUGAUUUUGAGUCCAUACUAGUACCAGAGGAGAGAAAAGAAAAGUCAGAGAACCCUGAGGAUGAAAGUAGUACGGACCUUUACCAGACAGACAAGGCUUGUAGUUUUGGUUUGAAAACAGUCUGCCACUAUGAUGAUAAGUACUCCGGUGAGUAUAAGAGUUACGUUGGAAGUGACGCUGCAUUGGUCUUCCUAAAGACGGUAGUAAAAGAGUCCUUUAGAUGUAGAGAAAUGACCGACAAAAUAUUCAGGAAGAAAAUGGUAAUUACACCCAAAGAGAAAGCAGAAUUCCUGGUUACAAGAAACUGCCACAUAUGUGGUAACGAUCUAUGUGAGGACCGUGUGAGAGACCAUGACCAUGUAACAGGUAAGUACCGUGGAGCUGCUCACAAUAUAUGUAAUCUGAAAUACAGAAUUACAUGGAAAGUACCUGUGGUCUUCCACAACCUGAGAGGUUAUGAUAGUCAUCUGAUUAUGCAGGAAAUUGGUAAGUUCAAGAUGGAUGUUAAUGUGAUCCCAAAUAAUAUGGAAAACUACAUCUCAUUCUCACUGGGCAAGAAUCUGGUCUUCAUAGACUCUAUACAGUUCAUGGCUUCUUCACUGGAAGCACUGGUGAGUAACCUUUCACCUGAAGACUUCAGGAUAGUAGGUAAGAGGUGAAAGGGUGAGGACUUCAAUCUAGUGACACAAAAAGGAGUGUUCCCAUAUGAGUUCCUAGAUGACGUUAGCAAACUCAAUACAGAAGGUCUUCCGAGCAAGGAUAAGUUCUACUCAUCACUGUAUGAGUCAGAGGUGAAGGAGGAAGAUUACCAGAGAGCUCAGAAAGUAUGGGAUCACUUCAAGAUGAAAACCAUGAGAGACUACCACGACCUCUACUUGGAGACCGACGUUCUUCUGCUGGCUGAUGUAUUUGAAAACUUCAGGAGAACAUGUCUGGAAAGUUAUGAACUUGACCCCGCGCAUUACGUGUCAGCACCCAGUCUAAGUUGGGACGUUUUCCUGAAAAAGUCAGGUGAAGAAAUAGAACUUGUAAGUGAUGUGGAUAUGUUCCAGUUCUUCGAGAAGGGUAUGAUGGGUGGUACAAGUUAUAUUGCUCAUAGACACUUAGCAGCUAAUAAUAAGUACAUGGAGACGUACGAUGAGUCGUCUGAGAACAAGUACCUAAUGUACCUCGACGCUAAUAAUUUAUAUGGCUGGGCGAUGUCACAACCACUACCUAACGGAGAGUUCGAGUGGGUUGAGGAAGUUGACGGUAUGAAUCUAGAUGAUUACUUGGGAGACAACGGAAGAGGGAUGGUUUUGGAGGUUGACCUGGAAUAUCCACAAGAACUUCACGACCUACACAACGGUUAUCCCCUAGCACCAGAGAGUAAGGAAAUAAGCGCCUCUAUGUUGUCAGACUAACCGAAGAGUAUUGCUGAGAAAUUCCAACUGACAAUUGGAGGAGUAAGAAAACUAGUGACUUCACUAGGCCCCAGGAAGAAGUACGUCUUACAUGUACGUAAUCUGAAACUGUACACAGACCUUGGGAUGAAACUCACGAAAGUCCAUAGAGCGGUUACAUUCAAGCAGUCUCCUGGGCUUAAGGACUAUAUAGACUUCAAUACGAAGAAAAGGUCAGUAGCCCGUAACACGUUCGAAAAGAACUUCUUCAAGUUGAUGAACAACUCGAUUUACGGAAAGACUAUGGAGAAUCUUAGGAAAAGGGUUGAUGUGAAAUUAGUGUCCUCCAAAGACGACCUCCUGAAACUGACAGCAUCACCUUGCUUCCAGUCACAUCGAAUCAUGAAUGAGAAUCUUAUAGUCGUAAAGAGGAUGAAAGAAGUGCUAACGCUGAAUAAGCCGUGUUACGUGGGAAUGAGCAUCUUAGACUUAUCCAAGACUUUAAUGUACGAUUUCCACUACAACACCAUUAAGAAGGAGUACGGUAAUAAUUCGAGGUUACUGUUCACCGAUACUGACAGUCUGAUGUAUGAACUGAAGACGGAUGAUGUAUAUGAGGACUUCAGGAGGAUCGGUGAAGAGCAGGAUUGCUGGGAUAAUUCAGAUUACCCAAAAGACAGCCCUUACUACUCAACCCAUAACAAGAAGGUUAUAGGUAAGUUUAAGGAUGAAGCUGGAGGGGUACCCAUAAUUGAGUUUGUUGGGUUGAG